AUGGUCAUUGUCGGAAUCGACGCAAAUGCGAAGAUGGGACUUGAACAGCAAUCCGAUGUGCUAGGAAUAUGGUACUAUGCAGCGGAGCGCACGUCGGACAACGGUGACCGUGUGGUUCUGGCGAGGAACAUUCCUCAGUCAGAUAUCCAAAAAUCUAGAGCUGUUUGGGACGUCGCGUUCGACUCUGACCACUGUCCAGUUCUUCUCGGCUUCAAGAUACGGCUCCACAAGAGAAAGCGAGGAGUUCAACCGAAAAUCGACAUGGCAGGUCUGAAAGACGAUGAAUGCAGAAGAAAAUUCCGCCAAAGUGUGUCUAUUCAUGUUGGAGUACGGACCAGGAAGAAGCUUAGCGAUGCGGAUUCCUUCACAAAGUGCAUCCAGGACGCUGCAAGGGAAACGCUCCCGGUUCUAUUGCCGCGGAAGAAGUUUGCCUUUGCAUCUGCGGAAACAAAAUCCACAUACAAUUUUGUAUGUGUCGCGCGCAGCGCUGGUGACUUCAACCAGGAAAUGCGUCUUAGAAGGAAGCUGCGUCGUCAACUGCAACAAGACCGCGAUAACGAGUGGACGUCAAGAGCGAUGGGAGUUUGA